ACAAAGACCAGGCAGUUGUGGGACAGAUGAUCUUAGUGCUGUGGAAUGCCUCCAACGGAUUCUACGAUUCACUUUGCACCGAAUUUUUCCGCCAUCAUAGUCUUCACAUUGUCAUCCAGGCGACUCGAAUCCUCUCCAUCAUGUGUUCGAUAGUCGAACCAGAGUUUCUGCAGACGAGAGAUGAGAUCGAUGUACUGAUAGGCAGGGCACGUCAGGGUGACAACAUGGUUCUACGCACGUAUUCCACAGAUCUCAGUACUAGUGUACGCAUCCCCUACGAUAUCUCACUGUUACGCUGCGUUGGGAGUUUCCGAUUUGGGUUGUAG